AUGAAUCCAGAUAUUCCUGAUGACAAUCCUUCCGGAGACAAUCCAGGUGGUGAUCAGAGCGGUGAUCAAGAGGGAGGUCAGACUGGACCACCUGAAGGAGGAGCUGUAGAUAGCGAACAUAACUGGAUUUCUGAUGUUGUAGACGGUGUCCAGGCCAAUAUUACGAACGAAGCAAACCGUAGUACAACUGCUGGUGAUACUACCCAGGGUGGUUCACAGUCAUCUGGAGUAUUGAACCUAGGAGGCGUAACUGACCGGAGCCGAUUGGAGGCUGAUUUUGUUGUUGACCAUGCCCGCGGGGAAAGAGCUAAUGUGGAGGAACGGGAGACACGAUUACGGGAGGAGCGCCGGGUUCGAAAGAUUGCAAACAAGGCAACCAUCAAUGAGCACUGCGACGCGUAUUCUCGUGGCAUCCAACAUUUUCUGAAGUUCUUCCUCGGAGGCCCUACUGUUCCUCAAGACUAUCCAGCAUCACCAACACCGGACGAAAAGGGGGGUCUAUACUGGGUGGACAAGCGUUCAAAAAUAAUACUCGAGCAACUGGAGAGGUUGCGUACCAGCCUCUCUGCCAAAUCGCCUGCGGAGCAAGAUUUCUACCUGGCACAGGCGGAGAAGGAAAUACGUAAGAAGAUCGUGCUUCCGGCAUUCCACCCGGCUCCGAGGAAAGGUGAUCUUGGAGGAGGAAGGCCCAUCAGUCUCCAAACCAAGGGGGAUGUUGAACGUGCUCUAGCCUUGGCAGGGAUCUCCCGAUUCACGUUUGAUUGGAACGUUCCGCGUGAUGAGGAUUCUGCUUGGAACUCGGUGGUGAUUGAAGUGAUGGGAAAGAAAUCGGUGGAAUGGCUGAGACGAACUAUGAAGAUAAGUGAAGAGGAGGAAGCACAAGCGGCUGCAAUCAUCAAGCGCUGGCUCCAAACUAAAUCUCGAGAGAUUCAACAGUACGGAGAAAUGGAUAUAACCGAGUACAACAAGAUCAAAUCGAAAAAAUCAACAAAGGCUCUAUACAUGAGAUGGCGCAAAAAAAUCAAGGAAGAGAGAUGUAGGGUGGCGGAUCAGAUCUUCAAAGGAAUUCCACAAUUAGCUGUUGUACUCGAGGAUAAGGACUGUCAUUCUGAUAUUGAAGACGCACAGGAGGGAGUUAAUCCUGUCCGGGUAUUUCCUGGGUACCGUAGUAUUCAUCUCACCAAUAUACUCCAUAAUCUCGAUCGAAUGGUCCAGGCGCAGACCACCCAUCACAAGAAAAUCGAGACGAACAAGAAGAUGUAUGCGCGUUCGGCAAGCAACCACGCACCAACUGUAGGAGGAGCUAUUGGGGUUGCGCGCGACUGGCCAAUUGAUUGCUACGAUGAAACAUUUUGGAAAGGGCUCAGCCAAUUUGAGUGUGACACUAUCUCAAAAGUACCGGCAGUCAACAUUCAACAGCUUGCGGAAACCUUGGCCGAAAUGUGCCGUCGGGGCACUAGCAGCCGUUCGAGUGGUCAACCGGACCAAGGAGUAACAAGCCGUGGUCAAAAGCGGGGCCAGCUCGGUGACGGUCACGAUGGUGGCGAAGUGGGGGGUGUGGCUGGGCCGAGUGGUUUGAUGAACAUAGAUUGA